AGUUCUCGCGGUACUUGGCGAGAAGACGCAGUCCUGACGCACUGGUGCCGCCAUGUUCCAGUAGACGGAGCUCCACGCUUCUUUCUAACUCUGCAACAGGACUAAAACUCGGUCUAGAGUAGAGUAAGUUCCUGUAGACCCGACUCCUGUCCCCCCAGGCACCAUGGCAGCUUACAGCUUCAUGCCCGGCGGACACGGAGUCCCGGACUUCAUGUCGGAGGAGAAACUACAGGAGAAAGCACGGAAAUGGCAGCAGCUCCAGUCCAAACGCUACGCCGAGAAGCGGAAAUUCGGGUUUGUGGACGCCCAGAAGGAGGAGAUGCCACCGGAACACGUGCGGAAGAUCAUCCGCGACCACGGAGACAUGACCAACCGCAAGUUCCGCCAUGACAAGAGAGUCUACCUGGGUGCCCUGAAGUACAUGCCCCAUGCAGUGCUGAAGUUGCUAGAGAACAUGCCCAUGCCCUGGGAACAGAUCCGAGAUGUCAGCGUGAUCUACCACAUCACUGGUGCCAUCACCUUCGUCAAUGAGAUCCCCUGGGUCAUCGAACCUGUCUACAUCGCACAGUGGGGCACCAUGUGGAUCAUGAUGCGUCGGGAGAAGCGAGAUCGGCGCCACUUCAAGCGGAUGCGCUUCCCGCCCUUCGACGACGAGGAGCCCCCGCUGGACUACGCGGACAACGUUCUGGACGUGGAGCCGCUCGAGCCCAUCCAGAUGGAGAUGGACAACGAGGAGGACUCCGAGGUCAUGACCUGGUUCUACGACCACAAGCCUCUGUCUGACACAAAGUUUGUAAACGGUACGACGUACAAACUGUGGCGGCUGACUCUCCCCAUCAUGUCCACGCUGUACCGCCUAGCUAACCAGCUGCUCACAGACCUGGUUGAUGAGAACUAUUUCUACCUGUUUGACCUGAAGUCGUUCUUCACCUCGAAGGCCCUGAACCAGGCCAUCCCGGGCGGACCCAAGUUCGAACCCCUCAUCAGGGACAGCAACCUGCAAGAUGAGGAUUGGAACGAGUUCAAUGACAUCAACAAGAUCAUCAUCCGCCAGCCAAUCCGCACAGAGUACAAGAUCGCCUUCCCCUACCUGUACAACAACCUGCCCUACCAGGUCCACCUCUCAUGGUACCACAUUCCCAACGUGGUGUUUAUCAAGACAGAGGACCCAGAUCUGCCAGCCUUCUACUUCGACCCUCUCAUCAACCCCAUCGCACACAGGCACUCCGUCAAGUCCUGGGAGCCGCUGCCAGACGAUGACGAGGAGUUUGAGCUGCCAGAGUUCGUUCAGCCGUUCCUGCAGGACAGUCCGCUGUACACCGACAACACGGCCAACGGCAUCGCCCUGCUAUGGGCGCCGCGACCAUUCCACCUGCGCUCUGGACGCACCCGCCGAGCCGUGGACAUCCCGCUGGUCAAGUGCUGGUACCGUGAGCACUGCCCAGCUGGCAUGCCUGUGAAGGUUCGAGUCUCGUACCAGAAACUGCUGAAGUACUACGUACUCAACGCCCUGAAACACAAGCCCCCCAAGGCGCAGAAGAAACGGUACCUGUUCCGUUCCUUCAAGGCGACGAAGUUCUUCCAGUCGACGACGCUAGACUGGGUGGAGGCAGGUCUGCAGGUGUGCCGACCGGGGUACAACAUGCUGAACCUGCUCAUCCAUCGCAAGAACCUCAAUUACCUGCACUUGGACUACCACUUCAACCUCAAACCUGUCAAGACUCUCACACAACAGGAGAGAAAGAAGUCACGGUUUGGUAACGCGUUCCACUUGUGUCGUGAGAUCCUGCGCCUGACCAAGCUCAUCAUCGACUCCCACGUGCAGUAUCGCCUUGGCAACGUCGACGCAUUCCAGUUGUCUGACGGUCUGCAGUACAUCUUCGCCCACGUAGGCCAGCUAACGGGCAUGUACAGGUACAAGUACAAACUGAUGAGGCAGAUCCGGAUGUGUAAGGACCUCAAGCAUCUCAUCUACUACAGGUUCAACACCGGUCCAGUAGGAAAAGGCCCCGGUUGCGGCUUCUGGGCGCCGGGCUGGCGUGUGUGGAUAUUCUUCAUGCGCGGGAUCACACCUCUGCUGGAGCGCUGGCUCGGGAACCUGCUCUCCCGACAGUUCGAGGGCCGACACUCCAAGGGCGUGGCCAAGACCGUCACCAAGCAACGCGUGGAGAGCCACUUCGAUCUCGAGCUGAGAGCUUCGGUAAUGCAUGACAUCCUGGACAUGAUGCCGGAGGGGAUCAAACAGAACAAGGCUCGGACCAUCCUGCAGCAUCUGAGCGAGGCCUGGAGGUGCUGGAAGGCUAACAUCCCAUGGAAGGUUCCUGGUUUGCCCACACCGAUAGAGAACAUGAUUCUGCGUUACGUGAAGAUGAAGGCCGACUGGUGGACCAACACCGCCCACUACAACCGCGAGCGUAUCCGGCGCGGUGCAACCGUCGACAAAACUGUCUGCAAGAAGAACCUGGGCCGUCUGACCAGGCUGUACCUGAAGGCUGAACAGGAGAGACAACACAACUAUCUUAAGGACGGCCCCUACAUCACAGCUGAGGAGGCCGUCGCCAUCUACACGACGACGGUCCAUUGGCUGGAGAGCCGGCGCUUCUCGCCCAUCCCGUUCCCGCCGCUGUCCUACAAACACGACACCAAACUGCUCAUCCUGGCGCUCGAGAGGCUCAAGGAGGCAUACAGUGUGAAGAGCCGCCUGAACCAGUCCCAGCGAGAGGAGCUUGGUCUGAUCGAGCAGGCGUACGACAACCCUCACGAGGCGCUCAGCCGUAUCAAACGUCAUCUUCUUACACAGAGGGCCUUCAAGGAGGUGGGAAUUGAGUUUAUGGACCUGUACAGCCACCUGAUCCCCGUGUACGAUGUGGAGCCGCUAGAGAAGAUCACGGAUGCGUACCUGGACCAGUACCUGUGGUACGAGGCCGACAAGAGGCGCCUCUUCCCACCGUGGAUCAAACCUGCCGACACAGAACCGCCACCCCUGCUCGUGUACAAGUGGUGCCAAGGAAUAAACAACCUGCAGGAUGUCUGGGAGACAGGAGAGGGAGAGUGUAACGUGAUGAUGGAGUCUCAGUUUGAGAAAAUGUACGAGAAGAUUGAUCUGACGCUGCUGAACAGACUGCUGCGUCUCAUCGUGGACCACAACAUCGCUGAUUACAUGACAGCCAAGAACAACGUCGUCAUCAACUACAAGGACAUGAACCACACCAACUCGUACGGGAUCAUCCGCGGUCUCCAGUUCGCCUCCUUCAUUGUGCAGUAUUACGGGCUGGUCAUGGACCUGCUGAUGUUGGGCCUGCAGAGAGCCAGCGAGAUGGCCGGGCCGCCCCAGAUGCCCAACGACUUCCUUACUUACCAGGAUGUUGCCACGGAGACAGCCCAUCCAGUGCGCCUGUUCUCACGCUACAUCGACCGUAUCCACGUGUUCUUCCGCUUCACGGCUGAGGAGGCGCGGGACCUGAUCCAGCGCUACCUGACGGAGCACCCCGACCCCAACAACGAGAACAUCGUCGGCUACAACAACAAGAAGUGCUGGCCGCGCGACGCCAGGAUGAGGCUCAUGAAGCACGACGUCAACCUCGGUCGCGCGGUGUUCUGGGAGAUGAAGAACCGCCUGCCGCGGUCGGUGACGACGAUCGUCUGGGAAAACAGCUUCGUGUCGGUGUACAGCAAGGACAACCCCAACCUGCUCUUCAACAUGUGCGGCUUCGAGUGCCGCAUCCUGCCCAAGUGCCGCACAACCUACGAGGAGUUCACACACCGCGACGGUGUCUGGAACCUGCAGAACGAGGUGACCAAGGAGCGCACAGCCCAGUGUUUCCUGCGGGUAGACGACGAGUCGAUGCAGCGGUUCCACAACCGCGUGCGCCAGAUCCUCAUGGCCUCAGGGUCAACGACCUUCACCAAGAUCGUCAACAAGUGGAACACCGCCCUCAUCGGGCUCAUGACCUACUUCCGCGAAGCUGUGGUGAACACCCAAGAGCUCCUCGACCUCCUUGUGAAGUGCGAGAACAAGAUCCAGACCCGUAUCAAGAUCGGGCUCAACUCCAAGAUGCCCUCGCGGUUCCCGCCGGUGGUGUUCUACACGCCCAAGGAGCUAGGGGGCCUCGGGAUGCUGUCCAUGGGCCACGUGCUCAUCCCCCAGUCCGACCUGCGCUGGUCCAAGCAGACGGACGUCGGCAUCACGCAUUUCCGCUCCGGCAUGAGCCACGACGAGGACCAGCUCAUCCCCAACUUGUACAGGUACAUCCAGCCGUGGGAGAGCGAGUUUAUCGACUCCCAGCGCGUCUGGGCAGAGUACGCCCUGAAACGGCAGGAGGCAAAUGCUCAGAACCGGCGCCUCACGCUCGAGGACCUGGAAGACUCGUGGGACCGCGGGAUUCCCCGCAUCAACACGCUGUUCCAGAAGGACCGACACACCCUCGCCUACGACAAGGGCUGGAGGGUACGCACGGACUUCAAGCAGUAUCAGGUGCUGAAACAGAAUCCGUUCUGGUGGACACACCAGAGGCAUGAUGGGAAGCUGUGGAACCUGAACAACUACCGCACGGACAUGAUCCAGGCUCUGGGUGGCGUGGAGGGCAUCUUAGAACACACGCUGUUCAAGGGCACAUACUUCCCGACCUGGGAGGGUCUGUUCUGGGAGAAGGCCUCGGGUUUCGAGGAGUCGAUGAAGUACAAGAAGCUGACCAACGCGCAGAGAUCCGGUCUCAACCAGAUCCCCAACAGGCGGUUCACACUCUGGUGGUCUCCAACCAUCAACAGGGCCAACGUGUAUGUGGGAUUCCAGGUGCAGCUGGAUCUGACAGGGAUCUUCAUGCACGGCAAGAUCCCCACACUGAAGAUCUCCCUGAUCCAGAUCUUCCGCGCUCACUUGUGGCAGAAGAUCCACGAGAGCGUGGUCAUGGAUCUGUGCCAGUGUUGGGAUACGAUGGACAGCACAACAACGCAGAAGUACUGGCUGGACGUGCAGCUGCGGUGGGGCGACUACGAUUCCCACGACAUCGAGCGCUACGCCCGCGCCAAGUUCCUGGACUACACGACGGAUAACAUGAGUAUCUACCCCUCACCGACGGGCCUGAUGAUCGCCAUCGACCUGGCGUACAACCUGCACAGCGCAUACGGGAACUGGUUCCCGGGGUGCAAGCCGCUGAUCCAGCAGGCCAUGGCCAAGAUCAUGAAGGCCAACCCGGCGCUGUACGUGCUCAGGGAACGGAUACGGAAGGGCCUCCAGUUGUACUCCUCAGAACCCACGGAGCCGUAUCUCUCCUCCCAGAACUACGGAGAACUCUUCUCCAACCAGAUCAUCUGGUUCGUGGACGACACCAACGUCUACAGGGUCACCAUUCAUAAGACGUUUGAAGGAAACUUGACGACGAAGCCCAUCAACGGAGCCAUCUUCAUCUUCAACCCUCGCACGGGACAACUCUUCCUCAAGAUCAUCCACACCUCCGUGUGGGCGGGGCAGAAACGUCUUGGGCAGCUGGCCAAGUGGAAGACGGCAGAAGAAGUGGCCGCCCUGAUCCGAUCCCUGCCGGUGGAGGAGCAGCCCAAACAGAUCAUCGUGACCAGGAAGGGCAUGUUGGAUCCGCUCGAGGUCCAUCUGCUGGACUUCCCCAACAUUGUGAUCAAGGGCAGCGAACUACAGCUGCCGUUCCAGGCCUGCCUCAAGGUGGAGAAGUUUGGGGACCUGAUUCUGAAGGCCACGGAACCUCAGAUGGUUCUGUUUAAUCUGUAUGACGACUGGCUCAAAACCAUCUCAUCUUAUACGGCAUUCUCUCGUCUGAUCCUGAUCCUGAGAGCGCUGCACGUGAACAACGACCGCACCAAGGUGGUUCUGAAACCGGACAAGACCACCAUCACCGAGCCGCACCACAUCUGGCCCACCCUGAGCGACGAGGAGUGGAUCAAGGUUGAGGUUCAGCUGAAGGACCUGAUCCUGGCAGACUACGGGAAGAAGAACAACGUGAACGUGGCGUCGCUCACGCAGUCCGAAAUCCGUGACAUCAUCCUGGGCAUGGAGAUCUCGGCUCCAUCACAGCAGCGGCAACAGAUCGCAGAGAUCGAGAAACAGACUAAGGAGCAGUCCCAGCUCACGGCCACGACCACGCGGACAGUCAACAAGCACGGCGACGAGAUCAUCACAUCGACCCUCAGCAACUAUGAGCGCGCCACCUUCUCCUCCAAGACGGAGUGGCGUGUCCGCGCGAUUUCCGCCACGAACCUUCACCUACGCACGAACCACAUCUACGUGUCUUCAGACGACAUCAAGGAGACCGGAUACACCUACAUCCUGCCCAAGAACAUCCUAAAGAAGUUCAUCGUCAUCUCAGACUUGAGAGCUCAGAUCGCAGGUUACCUGUACGGAGUGAGCCCACCUGAUAACCCACAGGUGAAGGAGAUCAGGUGUAUUGUCAUGGUUCCUCAGUGGGGAACUCACCAGACGGUGCACCUGCCCAACCAGCUGCCUCAGCAUGAGUACCUGAAGGAGAUGGAACCUCUGGGCUGGGUGCACACGCAGCCAAACGAGUCUCCCCAGCUCUCCCCACAGGAUGUCACCACCCACGCCAAAAUCAUGGCCGACAACCCGUCAUGGGACGGAGAGAAAACCAUCAUCAUCACAUGCAGUUUCACGCCAGGCUCCUGCUCCCUGACGGCCUACAAGCUGACGCCGAGCGGUUACGAGUGGGGGAGGCAGAACACGGACAAGGGGAACAACCCGAAGGGCUACCUGCCGUCUCACUACGAGCGUGUUCAGAUGCUCCUGUCUGAUCGCUUCCUGGGAUUCUUCAUGGUCCCCAACCAGGGCUCCUGGAACUACAACUUCAUGGGCGUGCGGCACGACCCCAACAUGCACUUUGAACUCCAGCUGGCAAACCCAAAGGAGUUCUACCACGAGGUGCACCGACCUUCGCACUUCAUGAACUUUGCCUCCAUCGAGGAGGGCGAGGUCAUGGGCACCGACAGGGAGGAUCUCUUUGCGUGAGGAAUGGCUCUUCGUCAGAGCAAUGGCUCCGCUCCUGAGGUGUCACCAAAAAUAUGUCAUCACAAAGGGAUGGAAUUGUAAAAUCUGGUUUCUAAAAGUGAAGGAGUUUUGCACUUAGUGGUCUUGCAGUAAAGGAAUAACUCUUUAUGUUUAGUGUAGAAAUGUGAAAGACACAUUCUGAUAGCUUAAAGUAAUGGUCCUAAAGUCUUUCUGUACAGACGUUUUUCUCAAGGUAGUAGUGGAAGAAGUCUUAGAAAGCUGAGAUAACGAUGAUGCAUCUUCUUAAACUGCAGGUGGUAGAUCAGAUUUUUAUUGCAAUUUUGGGUAAAGUAAGCAAGAUGAUCUAUUGGUGUCCUUGCGCACUGUCAACAAUGUCUGAGAAACACAAAAACCGGUUUAGUGGGUGCAAGCAAAGAGAGGAUGCAUGAAGUGUGGAUAGCUUUACUACAAUGUAACUCACACCCUGCCACUAUUCUUUGUAUCGUUUAUUACUGAAGUAAGGAUAAGGAUACUAGAUGGGCAGUUCAGAACUGAAAGGUGUUUUGUAGUAUUCUUGUGAAGUUUUUAUGUACAGUUUAGUCGAAAUGGGAGGUUCCGUAAAAGCAAAAAUUUGAUAACUGAUGCAUUCCAGUCAUGGGCUAUAGAAACAAGUAAGUCUACAUGGACUUGACCAACAUGAUGAAUAUAAUAAUUUGAUCACUGGUAAUGUACAUGUGACUACUUCAUAUUUGUUCUUACGUUCUAUAUUACUAGUAGGCAGCAUGGCUGAAAUUUGACCUUGACAAUUCUGUCAAAGCAUAAUGUGGAGUUUGUCUAUCUUUUUUCUGGGAAUUGUCAAAUCAUUGAUGUCAUUGAUGUCAAGGAACACGUAGUUGAUACAACACAUUUUUUCAGUGGAUGUAACGGCCACUGGUCAGCUAUCCCAAGUAUUUGUACCUUAAACAUAAUCUACCUUAUUAUCACUUGGGUAAAGAACCAUAAGUCAUAACAGGGAAGUAUGUCAAGAUAGUGUGUAAUUUUGUGAUGCAAUUGGAAAUAAAAAAGCUGUAAGUACAGCAA